AAUACGCGUCUACGUCUUGUAUCAGUGGAGUCGAGAGCGCAGAGCAAAUGGAGAGACUUUGAAGUAUUCGGGAAAACAUUUCUCGGAGCAACGGACUACGCUUUUGCUUUCACUUCAGCGUGGGCAGACUUUGUAGAAGAAAGCCCUCUCACCAUGGCUGCUGCAGCUCCAUCCACCAAAGGCAGCCUGAGAGAGGACCUGACAUGUGCCAUAUGCUGUGACCUGUUCACGGAGCCUGUCAUGUUGGCCUGCAUGCACCACUUCUGCAAACCCUGCAUCUCCAGGUACUGGAGUGGAACUCGGGGGCCUGUCACCUGCCCACAGUGCCGCAAGGAGUUCAGCUCCAAGCAUUUUCAAACUAACUACCUCGUGACAGCCAUGGUGGAGAAGGUCCGGGCCACCACCUCCGACACUUACAUCAAGAAACAACUGAAAGAGACUUUGGAGAGUCAUCGCCAGAAGAAGGAGGUCUUCAUCAACAGUAUUCGCAGAGACAGAGGCAAGAUGGAUGCCAUAAAGAGAGUCGGAGCAGAUGUGCAGGCUCGCAUCAAAGGGGAAUUCACAGCUCUCCAUCAGAUCCUGCACAACGAGGAGACCUGCACCAUUGUGAAGAUUAGGAGCGAGCAGGAGGAGGAGCUGGAGAAAGUCCAGCGCCACCUGGAGGCCACAGAGCUGGCGGUGGGGGAGCUGGAGGACAGUAUGAGAGCACUACAGCAGGCGAGCACUGCCACUGAGAACACCAUACUAGCUGAGCUCCCACAGCUGAGGCCAUGUGUGCAGGUGGAUAUUGCCCCAGAGUUUGAUACGAAUGCUUUCAUCAACAAAUACAUGGCCCCGCUACAGUACAUCAUAUGGAGAAAGAUGCUCGCGUAUUUGAAUCCAGGCCCUUCCCCAUUAACGUUUGACGUCGACACAGCACACCCGAACAUUCACGUAUCCAGGGACAAAACCGCGGCGGUCGAAUGUGACGUCCAGAUCCCCCAUGUGGACCAGGACAAACGUUUCCUGCAGUGCGUCAACAUUUUGGCCGCCCAGGGCUUCCAGUCAGGCCGACACUACUGGGAGGUCAAGGUGGGAUCCAAACCUAAGUGGGACGUGGGCGUGGCGUCGGAGGCCAUAGACCGGUGCUCUCGGAUUAAGCUGAGCCCCGAAAGCGGCUACUGGACUCUGUGUCUGCGCAACAGGAGCGAGUACUCGGCCGGCACGCAGCCCUGGACGCGUCUGCAGCUCGGCGCUACGCCUCGGAGGCUUGGGGUUUUCUUGGACUGUGAGGGGAGGAGGGUGUCCUUCUACAACGCCGAUGACAUGAGUCUGCUCUACUCGUUCACCAACGGGCCGCGGGGCAAGGCGUUCCCCUUCUUCAGCCCAUGCUUUAGUGACGGCAGUCAGAAACCUAUUAAACUCCUCCACUACCUGCCCCUCGCAACUUGAUAAAAGCCUACCAGUGUGCGAGAGCUCUCUAUUCACUUAUUGACCACUUAUUAUUUCUGUAAAACAAGUUUAAAAUUACAGAUUGUUCUCUUAUUUUCCAUGCUUUAAUGAUCAGAUAUUACAGAUUGCCAGAUGCAUCUAUUUUCUUUUCUGAAAUGUACUCUAAAAGCUUUGACAUAUUCAUCAUAAAAUAAAAUUCCACCGGCUCUAAUCUGAAGAGGCUCGUUCGAUUUGCAGAAGCAAUCAGCGGACACAUAAAAAGAAACUUCUAUACUCAGCCUUUUGGGGUUGAAUAUAAUGACGCUUAGAUGCAUCAAGAUUUAAUUUAAUACCUUGCUGGUUCUUCACUGUUCAAAUAAAUAUCUGAGCUAGAUGAAGAUGGUUGACAUUUUAAUAACAUUCUGCAUAAUUGUCUGUCAUCAAUUGAGACUUUCCUUAGGCUCCCUUGUAAAAAGGUCUCAUAAUCACCAUUGACUUCAAUCAGCAUGAAGGAAUUGUUCCCUUUAUGAUUAUACAUUUGAUGAAAUAGUUCAUGUUGUAUGCAUUAGUAGGCCAUUAAAUAGUUUUGCCUUUUUUUUUUUUAUUUGAGAUGUUUUAUAAUUUAGGUUUUAACCACCAACACAACAUCUCAUGAGUGCUUUAGAUUACUUCUCGCAUCUCCUGUUGAUUGAUUGUCAUUAAUAUAUGUUACAGGUGCCUGAAUUUCAAUAUAUAAUGUACACUUUUUGUUGAUGUUGCUCAAUGAAAUGUAGUUCCCUGCAGGAUUCCGCCUAUGCAGCACAUUUAUGUUGUGAUUGCAUGUCGGCUACGUGUUGGAUCAUUUCCUAAUAAAGACCCAAACAAUA